UAAAAUCACUCCCAUCUCUACACUCACUCUCCACCAUCACCUAUCUUAAAAAUGGAAUUGUCAAGCUUUUUGCUCUCUCUCUUACUCUUUCUAGUGUCUCUUUCUCCUCUGCCUCCACUAGUUUCAGCUCAUACCACUAACCACGAAGACUUCCUUAGGUGUCUUUCUCACCGCAUGAACGACAACACCGUCGGAUCCAAAGUCAUACACACCUCUAAAGACUCUUCCUUUUUCUCCAUCUUAGAUUCUUCCAUACAAAACCCUAGAUUCUCGGUUCCCGAAACACCUAAACCGGUCUCAAUCAUAACUCCGGUUCAAGCAAGUGACGUUCAAGCCGUGAUCAGAUGCGCACGGCUGCACGGUAUCCAUGUAAGGAUCCGCAGCGCUGGUCACGCCUGGGAAGGUCUAUCUUACGUCGCGUACGACAAACCAUUUGUUAUCAUCGAUUUGAGAAAACUUCGGUCUAUAUCACUUGACGUCCAUAACCGGACUGGUUGGGUCCAAACCGGAGCAACCACUGGCGAGUUGUACUUUGAGAUUGGGAAAACCGCCAAAUCUCUUGCUUUCCCAGCCAGUAUUCACCCAACCGUUGGCGUCGGAGGACAGUUUAGCGGAGGAGGUUACGGUACGUUGCUUAGAAAAUACGGUUUGGCAGCUGAUAACAUAAUCGAUGCACUUGUUGUUGACGCGAGUGGGAGGAUACUUGACCGACAAGCAAUGGGAGAGGACUACUUCUGGGCGAUUCGUGGAGGCGGGGGAUCAAGCUUUGGCGUUGUACUGUCAUGGAAGAUUCAGUUAGUCGAGGUUCCUUCCACUGUAACCGUAUUUAAAGUCAAGAAAACAUCGAAGAAAGAAGCUGUUAAGGUCAUCAACAAGUGGCAGUACGUUGCGGAUAAGGUUACUGAUGAUCUUUUUAUCAGUGUAACAAUGGAGAGAUCGAACGAGAACAUGGUGCAUGCGUUGUUCACUGGACUUUAUCUUGGUUCCGUGAACGAUCUUGUGGCCUUGAUGGGAGAAAAGUUUCCGGAGUUAACUCUUGAGAUUGAAGAUUGCAAAGAGAUGAGUUGGAUUGAGUCUGUACUCUGGUUUGCUGAUUUCGCUGAAGGAGAAUCACUUGGUGUUCUUGCGAAUAGGAAGCGUACAUCUCUCUCUUUCAAGGGAAAAGACGAUUUCGUUCAAGAACCAAUACCCGAGGCUGCAGUUCAAGAGCUAUGGAAGCGAAUGGAGGCGCCUGAGGCUCGUCUUGCAAAGCUCAUACUAACUCCAUUUGGUGGGAGAAUGAGUGAGAUCGCAGAGUACGAAACGCCAUUCCCACAUCGAGAAGGGAAUCUCUAUGAGAUUCAGUAUUUGGCUUUCUGGAGAGAAGAGGAAGACAAGAACAAGGCCGAUACAAAGAAGUAUCUCCAAUGGGUUCAGGGUGUUUACGAUCUUAUGACUCCUUAUGUCUCGAAAUCUCCAAGAGGAGCUUAUGUCAAUUUCUUGGAUAUGGAUUUGGGGAUGUAUCUUGGAAAAGAUAAGACAAAGUACGAUGAAGGAAAGAGUUGGGGAGUGAAGUACUUCAAGAACAAUUUCGAGAGGUUGGUGAGGGUGAAAACUAGUGUUGAUCCAACAGGUUUCUUCUGCAAUGAACAGAGCAUUCCUCUACUCAAGUCCGUUGACGAUAUCUGAAAAUAGCCUAUGAGCUAGUCUUUUAACUGUGAAAUCAUCUGUUUUUUUUAUUGAAUACUUGAUGAUGCUCCAAGUAUUCAAGAUUUCUCUGUGUGUUUGUGAUAUAAAGUGUGUCUCGGAAUAAAGAUUUCAUGGUUUAAAUGUUUAACUAAAAACAGUUUCUUCAA